CCGCCGUGUCCUUGAAAUGCAGAGGAUGUUGUCUUACCUAAGUGCAGUAUAGUAAAGUAUAAACCCUCAGUCCCCCGUGUCCUAGAAAUUCAGAGGAUGUUGCCUGAAAGUUUAAAAGCUGUUUAAAAGCUUCACGCAAAGAUUGUUCCGAGCGCGUCGGAUACACGCGUCAAAACUGAAUUGUGUGCAGACUGCAGAGAUCUCUUCUGUGCAUGAUAAAUGGACGCAUUGCCCAAUGCCUAUGCAUCAUACUGUACUACUCCAGUACGUACAUCGAUCGCCGCAGCCCUCAGUGAAGGGAAAAACAACAGCCGUAGGAACUAGGAACCCAGAUUGAGAUCAUCCGCACACCAAACCCAAACGAUUCGACCCAGCAGCAGCGCAAUUCUCCGGAAACUGUCCGAAGGGAAGAGGGGAUUUCGCUCUAUCGAGGACGAUGGAGGAGGGGCCGCCGAAAGCGACGAUGCUGGCGCGGGCGAUCCAGCUCGCGGACGAGGUGGCCAAGCAAUGCGCCGCCGCGCGAUGCUUCCGGAGCGAGUGCGGCGACCUCAAGCUCCGUGCCGACGAGCUCGCCGCCCUGCUCCACCAGGCGGCACGCGCCUGGGGCCCUGACCCCUAUGGCUAUGACCGCCCCGCCACGUGGAUUACGUGGUGGGCAACGCAGGCGCUCGCCGACGCCUCGGCGCUCGCGGCGCGGUGCGCGCACGGCCACCACCCGCGGCUCCGGAGCCUCUUCAAGCUCAGCAGCCCCGCCGCGGGGGAUUUCCCGCGCACCGCCGCCUUCCUCGACACCGCGCUCCAGGACGUCGCCUGGCUGCUCCGCUUCUCCGCGGCCCACGCCGGUGCCGACGAAGACGGCGGCCUCCGCGGGAUCCCCAACAUCGCGCUCUCGCUGGGCGAGGGCAAGGCGCUGUUCCUUAUCUGGGACUACGUCGCGAGGCUCCACACCGGCGGCCUCGCCGCGCGGGCCGACUCCGCCGCCAGCCUUGCCUCGCUCGCGGGCGACACCCCGCAGUUCGCCAAGCUCAUCGUCGAGGAGGACGGCAUUCGGCCUCUGCUCGGGCUGCUCAAGGAAGGCACCGACGAGGGGCAGGAGGCCGCCGCGCGCGCGCUCGGGCUGCUCGGCCGCGACGCCGAGAGCGUCGAGAAGCUCGUGCAGGCCGGGAUCUGUCCGGCGUUCACCGCCGUGUUAAAGGCGCCGGCGCCGAUGCACGUGCAGGCCGCUGUCGCCGAGGCAAUCGCCGCGCUGGCCGACCGGAGCCCGGCUUGCCGAGAGCAGUUCACGCAGAACAACGCUGUUCGGUAUCUUGUUGGCCUCCUCGCGUCUGGGUCAGGUGGCCGUGGUGCUCGCGACGCGGAAGAAGACGACCCUGAGCUCAAGGCGCGCUUGCAGGCCGUGGCGGCGAAAUCUCUGUGGAUGCUCGGGGGUGGUCAUCUUGGAGUCUGCAAGAGCGGUACAGAGUCGCGUUCGCAGCUUUGCUUCGCCGUGGUCCUUGAGAAUGGUGAUAGCGGUGUCUGUUCACUUGUUGCUUCCCGAGUUUGAUCAUGUACUCGAAAUUUAUUAACUUGGUAUGGGUGAUGGUGGUAUAUGUUUA